AUGUUAAAAGUAGAUAAUAAUGUUCGAAAAUUCAUCUUGACAUGUUAAAUCUAAGAUGGUGCUUUUGGUUUAAGACCUUAGUUGGAAUCUCAUUGUGGUGCAACUUAUUGUGCUGUAGAAUAAUUUUAAAAUAUGAGAUAUCAUAAAAAAGUAGUUCAAUAGAAUGGUUAGUAUUGA